UUCUUUUUCUUUUUGCUUCUGUUGUUCUCUCUCAUCAUCUUCUUAAUUUAAAAUUCAUUAACUUUAUUUCUCAUUAUGAUGUUGAUUAAAUUGUGUGCGAAUAAGAAGAUAAUCUUUAUGGACAUUUGAUAUUCUCCAUCAGUGAUCCUCCUUUUCCCCAUUCCACCUUUAUCAUUACAACAACAUCUUCAAGUGUAUUAUCCUUAACAUCAUCAAUUUGAUUCUUCAUCACCGUUAACCUCAGUCUUCAUCUCUACUCUUUUUGCCAGUCAGUUUUUUUUUGUUGGUUCUUUUCUAUCAUCAUCAUCUUUUUCUUUUUUUUCCUUUCUCACUUUAACAUCUUUUCUACAUAUGCAGUGAAAACACUAUUCUAAUCCAUGGAUCUAUCCAGAUAAUCUUACUUUCUCUUAUUCAUCUUUCAGUUGUAUGUGUGUGGGUUGUUUAUGCCCCUGAAUUUUAUUCUGUUUUCGCCUAUUUAGUUUUUUGGUUGAAAUUCACAUUCAAGAGAAAACAAGAGACUGAGAGAGAUAAAGAGAGAAUAUUUACCUGAGAUUAUCUCUCAAUAGGCUUGUGUUUCUAUUCUGUUUUUGCUGCUUCUUUUUAUCUCUCUACCUUGUUUCUUGUUUCUUGUUUUUGACAUUAUCUGUUAAUGUACAUAACCCCACCAACACCAACAACAACACUACCAGCAGCAUCUUCAACUUAAUCAUGUCUUCAGCCAGUUCACCUGAGGUUAACAAAGAAGGUCUCAAUAAUAAUAACAAUAAUAAUAAUUUGGCCAACAACUUUAAUAACAAUCAAAUUAGAAUGUCACAAUCACAGUCACAAGAGUCACAAAAUAAUUUAUAUCAAGGACUUCGCCGUCAUCAACUAAAUCAGUCACAACAACAACAACAAUCAAUGCUUCCACCAGCAAUACCAAAUAAAACAAUCAGUUCAUCAAUCAGUUUAUCAAAAAGAUUUUCAGAGUUACAAACUCUAUUAUCCAUGGGACCAACACUUUUUGAUGGUAAAUCAAUCAAUUGUGAACUUUUAUUUGAUGUUCUUAUUGCGGUUUACUAUGAAUGUCAGCGUGUAAUUGCCACAACUCGUAGUAAAGAGCAGCAGAAAUUUUGUGAAUCGAUUAAACCCUUUCUGGACAGAUUAAAAGAAUUACAAUUAAAGGCAAUCGACUUUGAUACAAUCAAAAUAAUUGGACGUGGUGCUUUUGGUAAGGUGGCCCUGGUUAAGGGUAAAGAGGAUGGAAAUGUUUAUGCGAUGAAAACGCUCAACAAAUUGGAGAUGUUGAAAAGAGCUGAGACAGCUUGUUAUCGAGAGGAAAGGGAUGUAUUGCUCCAUGGAUCGGAAGCCUGGUUUACUAAGCUUCAUUACGCUUUUCAAGAUGAAACAAAUCUUUAUCUUCUAAUGGAUUAUUAUUGUGGUGGCGAUUUGUUGACCCUUUUAGCCAAAUACGAUGAAAAUUUUCCCGAAGAUAUGUCCCGAUUUUACACCGCUCAAAUAGUCUUAGCACUUUCCUAUCUACAUGAUAUGGGUUACAUUCAUCGAGAUGUAAAACCUGAUAACAUUUUAAUAGAUUCACAUGGUCACAUCCGAUUAGCAGAUUUUGGUUCAUGUACUAAGGUUACACAACUUCGUAAGGAUGGUCACUUCACAAUAGCCGUUGGUACACCGGAUUAUAUUUCACCCGAAAUACUUAAAUCUAUGGAGGGUAACCGUAAUACCGGUUUACUUUACUCUUUUGAGGUUGAUUGGUGGUCAUUAGGAGUGGUCAUUUUUGAAUCAUUGUAUGGUGAAACACCAUUUUAUGCAGAAUCGUUAAUUCAAACUUAUUCAAAUAUCAUGAAUCAUAAGCAUUGUUUCAAGUUUCCAGUUAACGCUCAGGUAACUGAUGAAGCAAAGGAUCUCAUUUCUAACCUGAUCUGUGACCAAGCUCAUCGUUUUAAACGUUUAGAUCAGUUUAAAUCUCACCCAUGGUUUACCGGUAUUGAUUGGGAUCACCUAAGAGAAAUGAAACCACCCUAUCAGCCUAAAGUAAUAGGACCAGAAGAUACAUCUAACUUUGAUAUUGAUGAUUCAGCUCCACCGACAAAUAAUAAGUUUGACAAUUUAAUUGCACCUACAACCAAAGACUCUCUGCUUAAUGUUCACCUUCCCUUUGUUGGAUUUACUUGUACUUUCAAUACGAGUAAAAGUAGAUCACAAUCAUCUUCAUCUUUACCCUCAUCAUCAUCACCAACAUCAUCUGAACAACAAAAUGGAAGUAAAUUAUCACCAUCUUUUUCUGAAUCCAAUCCUCCACUUUGUGUAAUUGAUUCAGCUGGUUCAAGAGAUUCAUCAACCAUUGGUAAAAAAAUUGAUCCCACUGCUUAUGCUAAAUUGGAAAAUGAGCUUUGGAUCGCUCGACAUGAAUGGAGUGAACUUUCUGUCAAGUUGAAUGAACUGAGAAAAGAAAAAAAUUCAAUCUCUGCUACUUUAAGGGUAAAAGAAGAAGAUUUGGAACGAAGUUUGGAAAAGAUUAUUGAAUUACGACAACAGUUAAGAAAUGCUGAUAAAGUUAAACGGCAACAGUUAGAAGACAUGAUACAGAUCCAGAGUGAACUUGAAAAGGAAAGACAGUUACGCCAGGAAAUUCAAGUAGAAACAAAAGAAUCGGAAGCAAAAUUGGCUCAUCUGGAAAAACAAUUGUCAAAUAUUGAGAAACAGGAGCAGCAAAACAAUACAUCCAAUAUGUCUAAUGGUCCAAAUGAAAAGGAGAAAUAUUAUCUUGCUCAAAUUGCUGAUUUAGAACAAGAAGUUCUUCGAUUGAAAGGUGAAGAAGAAGAAAGAAUCGCUUCCAUAGCUCAUAAAUGUCAUGUCGAGGAACUUGAGCAACAAGUUCUCCAAUUACAACAACAACAACCCCACUGGGAGAGGCAAAUAACUGAGAUUAUUGACUGGGUCGGAAAUGAAAAGGAGGCACGGAACUAUUUACAACAAAUGGCCGCCACUAUGACAAAGGAAUUAGAUACACUUAAACAUCAUCAUCAACUUCAACAAAUUCAACAACAACAACAACAAAAUGCCAAUCAACAACGUGCCAAUGAAGCUACUUCUAAUAACGACAGUGGCCAUGGUUCAAGUGUCCAUGCAUAUGUCCCAAAAGAAGCCGUUAAUCCAAAUUAUACAACUUGGCAAGAGAGAAGAUCAGCUCGUGUUGAUAAACAAGAAUUGUUACAAUUACAGUUUGAAUUAGCCAAUGAAAUUGAAGAUAAACAAAGGAUACAAGAUGAUUUAGCCAAAGCACAGAAAGAGAUUUCUCUACUUAAUGGAGAUUUAGCUGAGUUGCGAAUAGAAAUUGCGAAAUUGAAGAAUCAGCAAACAUUCAAAAGGCUGAGUAAUGAUUCAUCAAUGUUAUUUGGAUCAUCAGUUAAUUCUCGACGAAUCUCAGCUGGUAAAAUGAUGGAAGAAAUUGAAAUGCAACUUGGACGAAUAGGAAUGACCUCACCAAUGGGUGAUUCGGAUACAAGUGACAUCGAAUCGGAAGAUGCUUCUCCCUCAUCAUCAGCUGGUACUCGAUCUCGAGGUGCUAUUAGUGGUGCAGGAAGUUCAAUGGAACCUCAAUUAUUAUUAUCACAACAAUCAAAUUUCCCAAGUAAACAACAACAUUCAUUUAUUGUUCGCACUUUUGUUGCACCAUUGAAGUGUUUCCAUUGUACAUCUUUGAUGAUUGGUUUAAUUAGACAAGGUCUCAUCUGUGAAACCUGUGGAUUUGUUAGUCAUAUUGCCUGUGCCUCUCAGGGUAUUCAACUGUGUCCCUGUGAUGACACAAGCCAACGUCCUCAAGGAAUUGAUCCUUCACGAGGAAUCGGUACUGCAUAUGAAGGAUACGUUAAGAUACCAAAGGCUCGGGGUGGAGUUCGUAAAGGCUGGAUCCGUAUGUUUGUCGUUGUCUGUGAUUUUAAGCUUUUCCUUUACGAUCUUUACUCUAGUAGUGAUAAUAAUUAUCCUUCCCAUGGUUCUCAUGGAAGUGGUUCUGGGUCUGGAGUUGAUGGUACCCUUAGUGGUCCAACAGUUACCCCGCCGGUUUCCGUAAACACUGUUAUCGAUAUGAGAGAUGAAAGAUUUUGUAUAAGUGGAGUCCAAGAAUCUGAUGUUAUCCAUGCUAAUAAGAAAGACAUACCCUGUAUAUUUAGAAUCACAACAUCCAUGGUUUCAAAUAGGGUUGAUCAAAAUUUUACCCAAUUAAUGUUGACCGAUAAAGAGGUUGAAAAAAACCGAUGGAUUGAUGCUCUUCACGAACUACAUCGAAUCAUCCGACGAAAUAAACUUAGUUAUCGAAAUCCGCUCAAAGCUUAUUCUGUCCUGAAUUCCUACCAAAUAUCUGCCCUUCGACAUCACAACGACAUCAAUAGUUGUUGUGUUAUCGAUGAGACUCGACUACUUAUUGCCUGUGAUGACUGUCUCCUUUGCUGUGACCUGGACAUUUGCACGGCAAGACGAUUAACAAAUUCCAAGAGAAUCGUUCAAUGUCACUACUCUCUGAAUGAUCAACUGAUAAUUGUUUUAGCUGGUAAACAAAGACAUAUCAAAUUAAUACCAAUCAGAGGCCUUGACAACGAUGGUAUUGAAUGGAUAAAAAUACCUGAAACCAAAGGGGCAAAUCUUUUCGCUGUUGCCAAUCUCCCCACCACUACUUAUAUUUGUGUUGCCAUUAAAAAGACUCUAAUCCUUUAUGAGAUUACCCGUAAAAGAACCCGAUAUAAUCUAUGGAGAGAAAUCCAAUUACCUCUUUUAAUACAAACUCUCUCAAUUGUGGACAAUAUGGUUUCCAUUGGUACCAAAUCUAGUUUUGUUGUUUAUCAGAUUAACCAUCGAGAACAACCUCCACUUUAUUUGGUUAAUCAAGAAUGUCAAGAAUUAUCUUUCUUAAUCCAAAAUCCAAUUGAUGCUUUACUUUCAAGACAAAUCAAUGAAAAUGAAUGGAUACUUGUUUUUGCUCCCUAUGGAGUUUAUGUUGAUUCAUCUGGAAAACGUACACGACCCAUUGAACUUCAAUUCCCAUCUCAACCAAGUUAUGUUGCCUCCUUGGAAACCGAGAUAAAUAAUAAACAAGUUCAAUUACUUUUAGCCUUUGCUCCAACUCAUAUCAAUGUUUUUGAUCUUGAAACCACCGAAUGGAUUCAAACAAUUAACCUUAAGGCAACCAAACCUCUCCAUCAACACGGUAAAGGUUAUCUUUUAGGUUUAACCAAUGCCAAUGAUUUCCCAACGCUUGUCCAAUUUGUACCAACAAUCAAUGGGUCACAUCUUUUACUUCAAGCCAAAGGUGAUGAUAGUAAACCCUUCUUAGUCAAUGGGUCCACUGUAGCCCAGCGGAUUAUUCAGACUGCAGCAGGAGUCACUGGUGAUGUACCAAGAAAGACACCAAGAUUACCAAUCAGUGGUCCGUCUGAUUUCAGCCAUAUCUCACAUCUUGGACCUGGCGAGGGUCCAUUUAGUUCAAAGAUUAUCGAUCUUAAAUCGAGCAAUAUUGCAUCUAAUCAAUCAAAGAGUGUGGCCAAUCGCGAUACCUGUGGACCUUCUCGUCGAGAUUCUACCUCCAGUAGCCAGUCAUCAGUCAGUCCCUACAAAUUUUAGAAAAUCCCUUUUUUACAAAUACAUUAAUUACUGUGUAUAUCUGGUUUAUUUAUAAAUUUUCUUCUCACUUGAUUUGUACAUUAUGGAAAACACAAAAUCCUACCCCUUCUCUCGUUCCCACCCUGGAAAAGAUCAACCAAAUUUCCUCCCUCCAACGAAAGCUAAUAGUUACCAAUUACACAUCAAUCUCAAGCACUACCAUUUCUUAGGAAAAGAAACAAAGACAAUUUAUUGAACUCACAAUCAAGCUACGAAAAAAGAUGCAUGUACUAUCAUCACACCAACUGAUAUUGGAUAGUCCAAAUUGAAGCUUUAACAACACACACACACACAUACACACAAACAAACACAAUUAAUAAUAACAAUCGUUUAAUUGUAACAAGACAACAAAACAAAAACUAAUGAAAAUAAUUAAGGUUUACAAGUCACUCUUUUCAUAUCUUUACCAUAUUCAUCUGAGAUCAGUUUUUCCCCAAUCAUCAAAAGCCUUCCACCGAUAAUUUCCUCCUUUAAUUAACAAGAACAAACAAUUAACACCAUGAAAACCUCAUCAUCAUCAUUAACAAUCAUAAUCAUCAAAUUGGCUUAAUUAAUAGAGAGAGAAAUGAUUUAAAUUGCGCCUUAAAUUUUCCCUUUUUUGUUUAACUGUUAAUUUAAUCCAACAAAAGAAAUUACCAUCGAGAGUAAACAACAUUUAACACUAAACAUGAUUAAAUUGAAUUGAAUUAAACGAGAAACUAAUUUAAAAAAUUGUUUCCCAAUUAAUUAGCAAUUUCAAUUGAAAGGAAACAAUUUUCUAUUAAAAUUUAAUUCGGUUGGAUAACAAUCAGACUGCCAAAUGAACAAUUCUCAUCUCGACAAAAAGUAAUUGAUCUUAAUUAUGUUUUUCCCUUUACAAAUGAACAACAAUUAAAUUACAACCAAGGUAAAAUUUAACAACAAUUAACCGAUAAACCAGGAAAUCAAAGUUAAAAUCAAAUUUACAGUUAGAAAAUAAUGAUGAUUUAAUAACAAGAAGUACAAUUAACUUGACAAGUAAAUCGAUUCAAUUUAGAUUAUUGAAGGGAAAAGGUUAAAUAAUAAAAGUUAAUCAUCGCUAAUCGUAAACAAUUAAGUUACAACUUUAACCUUAAUCGUCAAAUUAAAAACCAAAGUAAUUGAAAGUUAAAUGGUUUGGUUGAGUUGAUUGACCAUCACGAGCAACAAUUCAUAACCUUCAUUCAAGGUCAUUUUAUAUUCAUUUCUCAUUUCAGAGUCAAUUAUCUUGAGGUCAAAGGGUAAGUGACCGAUCAAAUUGAUGAUACUGAUUGUUGUUUAAUUGUAUUUAUACUUUAAAUUGAUUAAAAAACGUUAAACUUUCCUGAUUCCUUAAUUUCUCUGAGUCUAAAUCAUAAAUAUUUCAUGAAAGUUUUCAUUACGUUGACAUCACAUUGUUUUAAUCUAAAUUCUGAGAAAAAAAGUGUUGACAAUUUAUUUAAUCAAUCAAAAGUCGAGGCAUCAAUAUUAAUACAAUGGAUUAGUACUGAGCGAAUAAUAAAUAUUGAUAAUAAGGCGAUAAUCACACAGCUAUUAAUCAAUUGAUUGAUUGUCAUACAAUAUACACAAAAUAAUACACUGAUAAAAUGUAAUAUUGGCCCAAUAAUUACAAUAAGAUUUAUAAUUUAUAAGAUGAUAAAUGUUAUGAUCUUAGCCCAGAGAAUCAACAAAAUGUAGACACAGUGAUUAGUUAAUUGUUGAUCAUUUUAAUCAACUAACUUUUUUCUUCUCGAGUUUAAUUUCUCUAUGUAAAUCUAUUGAUUAACAUUGAUUUUAAUUGAAACAAUUCAAGGGCAUAUAAAACGUUCUCGAUCUUUGAAUUUAUAAACUCAUUUGUACUUUAAUGUUCAAGGGUCUCGAGAUAUUAGGACAAUUGUUCGUAAGAGUUAAAAAACGCCCGAAUCUUUUUAAUCAAUCGUGGAAUCGAUCAAUCAAUUACCAAAGAUCAAUUAUUUAGAAAUCGGGGAAGAUUAAAAAAAGAAUAUAUAAAGAAGGUUAAACAAUACUAUUAUUAACUAACUCGAUUUCAAAUCUAUUCUUUUAAUUGUUGUUAAUUUAUUCCAGGAAAUAAUCAUGAACCAUUUCUUAGCUGUAACUUUUGUCGUCGUCAUUUCAUCAUAUUAUUGUGAUGCUCUUUGGAGUGGAUCUAAAUUUGGUGAUUGGGCUAAAGGAAAGGCUCCUUGUGAGGUUUGCAUGUCUGAAGUCAUAUCGGAUAUAACUGAUUUGAGAUUAGCUCAAAAUGAGUUCUUACCUGAACUUAAGGAGCGUUGUAGUAAAUACCCAACUCCUGAAGGAUCUUGCGAUUCUUAUGUUAAAGUAUUCGAGGCUUCAUUUGACCUUCUUAUCGAACGGCAAAGUAGAGCGCAAGGACUCUGUGCUUACUAUGGUGUCUGUGAAGCUAAUUCAACCCUCGACAUUAGUUUACCAAAUCUUCCCGCUGCUCCAGUUACACCUAAACAAAAUCCUCCCAAAGUUUAUGAUAAGGCCGUUUGCAAGGAAUGUAAAGAUAUUAUCGCUGCGGUCACUUACAUGGGCGCUGGAAACUAUGCUAAUACUUUCGCUGCUCUAGCUGAAAAUGGUUGUUUGUGGUGGAUGAAAACUGACGCAGUUCCAAGUGAAGAAGAUUAUAAAAAAUGUUCCGACCUUAACUCUGUUUAUUUCAAUUCAAUCACCGAUAAUAUGAUCGACAAAACUACUCAGAACUAUUUGUGUUGGGAUCUUUUCGAUGUCUGCGAACCAUCAGAAAAACCAAGUGAAUUGAAAUUACCAUACGGCCAAAAAUCAACCCAUUAACCAACUAAUCAUUUCUUAAUUGAAGAAUCAUAAUGAUAAUUGACAAUCAAUAUCAAUUGUCUAUUCCAAUUGCUAUUGAAAAAUAAAUAAUUUCUCUGCAGUAACAAA